AUGAUUAUAGAUAGUGAAAAUUGUGCCAAUGUUAUAAGCACUGUAGCAGUGGAGAAGUUAGGUUUAACCACAAUCAAAUAUCCAAAACCAUAUAGGCUUGAAUGGCUUAAUGACAGUGGAAAGAUCAAGGUAAAUAAGCAAGUCAAGGUAAAGUUUAGUAUUGAUAAUUAUGUGCAUGUUGUUUCGUAUGAUGUUGCACCUAUGCAUACAGAACAUAUUCUGUUGGGGAGACCAUGGCAAUUUGACAAAAAUACCAUACAUUAUGGUCAAGAAAACUCCAUUGUGGUCCGAUUCAAAGGCAAAAAGAUCAAGCUCAAGCCAUUAACACCAAGGAAGGUUUUUAGGGAUCAAAUGCAAAUGCAACAAAGGAAGGAAGCUGAACGGCAGAAGGGGAAGGCCAUUAUGCCACUCACAACUUCAACAAGCAUACAAGAUCGCAAAGUUAAGCCUAACCAUUCAAGUAAGUCUUCUAAACCUGAGAGUGAAAAGACAGAGAAAGAGAAGAAAAAGAUAAACUUUUAUCUUAGCCAAGGUGAGAUUAAAAGGGAAUUUUUAAAUAAAAAACCUAUGCUUAUCAUGUUGUCUAAAGAUGCUUAUUUAAAUCAUCUAGCCAAUCUUGAAGAGCCUGUAUUUCCAAGCUUUGUUUCUUCUCUUUUGCAAGAGUUCAAUGAUAUCUUUCCGGAGGAGAUUCCUGGUGGUUUAUCACCUAUAGACUUCAUCUCAGGAGCUGCAAUUCCUAAUAGACCUGCCACAUAG